CCCGGCAGUCUCCGCUCUCCUCUGCUACUCCCUACCAGGCUACCACUCCUCCUCUCCGCCGCAUAUCGACACCGACAGACGGACGUCCAGUUUAGCAGCAAGAUCUGCAGCACGUACUCCGCCAGCUCAACCACCGCCCGCGCACCUCCGGCGUACGGCGGCCGAUACGGUGAUCGACUGUCCAGGCUCCAUCCGUCGAUCGACGGAGUGCCGCGCCGUUGGUUGAUCCGUCGAGAUGAGCUGCAACGGGUGCCGCGUGCUGCGCAAGGGGUGCAGCGACGCCUGCGUGCUGCGGCCCAGCAUCGAGUGGAUCGACGGCGCCCAGCCGCAGGCCAACGCCACCGUCUUCGUCGCCAAGUUCUUCGGCCGCGCCGGCCUCGUCGCCUCCCUCGCCGCCGUCCCGCUCCACCACCGCCCAGCCUUGUUCCGGUCGCUUCUGUACGAGGCGUGUGGGCGGACGAUCAACCCGGUGAGCGGCGCCAUCGGGCUCAUGUGGACCAGCAACUGGGACCUCUGCCAGGCCGCCGCCGAGGCCGUGCUGCGCGGCGACUCCCUGCGCUCGCUCUCCGCCGUGCCCGCCGCCUUCACGGAGCGCGACAUGGCCGGCCUCUACGGCAACGUCGGCACCAACACCGGCAGCUCCUCCUCCCUCCACUCCUCGCCGGAGAACUCCACGUCCGCGCCCGCCAGGAAGCGGAGCAAGAACAGCCCCGGCUGCGGCGCCGUAGGAGGGCAGCAGCAGGUGAAGCUGCCGGGGCCGGGGCCGGUGCUGCAGUCGUGCGAGCUGGACCUCUGCCUGACGCCCUUGUCGUCGCCGCUGGCCGGCGGGAGGCGAGGCGGCGCGUCGGACGAGUACUCCACCACGACGUGCUGCGAGGAAGCCAGCGGCGACGCGGCGGAGGCCGGGGCGCCCCCGCUGCUGAACCUCUUCAACUGAGAGACUGAGUGUAAACUGUAAUUGUGCAGUUCGUGUGUGGGUUAAUUAGUUGCAUCGGUGUUAGUCAAUGAAGCUUUUUGGGACGUGCAACUUGGUUUACAAAUGUUCGAUCGCUGUUA